CUCUUUGUUACCAUGUGUAUAGCUCUGUAACACAGCAUUGCUGUUGCUCCCAACAGGCCAUAAGCUUUGCACUGAGUUUGCAUGGCCUUGGGACUGAGGCUUGCCAGGUCUGCUCAGUUUGACCUUGUCCUGAUCCACCUGUGACUUUGUUUUGCUUGGCACAACUGUGACAGCAGUUUCUUGAACUGAACUUGAUUUACGAAAGGUUAACUCUGGGUUUAUGUAGGGAGAAGUGACAAAUAUUUCCUGCAGGUGGGAUGAGAUAUUUAGUACUCUCAGACAAUGACACAGUCCAGAGAAACACAGGCCUGGUAUAACCGACCUUGUGACGUGGAGGCACAGGAUGAAGGAGCGCAGGGGCGAUAAAGGGUUCUUAUGUGCAUGACUCAACAUCAAUAAAAUAGGAGCCUAAAGCAUGACGUAGGUGUGCAAAGGUGCAGAGGUAAGAGGAGGAAAUGACCCUUCCUGAGCCUGUACAUGAUAACCAGGCCAGCCCACACUAGACUGAAAUAUUCCCUCUAUCAUAGAUACCCCUGCCUUUGAACAGAGUAAAUGCUGGAAGCACUAGGAGCUUUUGCCACAUUCUCCACAACACAAAGUAAUAUAAGGCACAGAGCCAGGCUGAAAAAGAGCAGCUUAUCGGUGCAGCAGUUUUGACUCUCCAACUGCAGCCUGUUCUUUGGCUGACUCAGAGAAAAGCUGAAGUUUCACUUUCUGUUUCCCAUGAAAGUGGUCACAGACCACAUGAUGGUUGGAUUCUAUAAAAUGGGAAGCAUAACAACAGUGAGCAGCACUCCUUCAGCUUUGAAGUACCUGAAGACAAGUGAGCAGAGAAGGAAAACCAUGAGUACCAUUUCCAAGCAUUCCUUGAAGACUUCCCUGCUGCAGUUACAAUGUCAUUUUACAUGGACUUUGCUGAAGCAGGAUGUAGAUCUUGAUCACCUAGAGGAAACAAUAGUUGAUCGGAUCAAAUUUUUCACAGAAUCUAACCUAACAAAUUAUAAUCUGCUAUCCUAUAUAUGUCACCUAAAGAAUUCAAAUGAGAAAGCUCUGAGAAAUCUCCAGAAAGCUGAAGAAAUUGUUCAAAAACGUCACCCAGAUGAAAUUGCCAGGAGAAGUCUGGUUACCUGGGGGAACUAUGCCUGGAUCUAUUACCACAUGGAGAGAUAUGAAGAAGCUCAAACUUAUGUAAGCAAAGUGGAAAACAGCUGCAAAAAGCUUUCCAUUACUGCUGAUGGGAAGAUGCAGCUUCCAGAGGUCUAUGCUGAGCAAGGAUGGGCAUUAUUAAGUUUUGGGGAGAAACACUUUGAGAGAGCAAAGAAUUGCUUUGAAAAUGCUCUAAAGGAUGAUCCCGAUAACCCAGAUUUUAAUGCUGGCUAUGCAACAGCACUGUAUCGCUGGGAAAACUUAGCUUCCAGAUGUGGUGAAGACACAAGCCCAUCCACUGAGGCCUUGAAGCGGGCAGUGGAACUGAAUCCAGAGGAUACUUGUGUCAUGGCAUUACUUGCAUUAAAACUUCAGGACUUAAAUCGAGCUGAUGAAGGUGAGAGGUACAUUGAAGAAGCGAUGCAAAAAACCCCUGAUCUUCCUUAUUUCCUGCGCUAUGCUGCUAAAUUUUACAGAAGGAAAGGAGAAGUGGACAAGGCAGCGAAGAUUUUGGAAAAGGCCCUAGCACUGACACCAAAUUCUAGCUUUUUGCAUCACCAACUAGGAAUCUGCUACAGAGGAAAAAUAUUUCAAUUGCAAAGAACAAGAAAUGCACCUCAAGAUCAAGUGGAGAGACUCAUCGAACUUGCCAUUUCUCAUUUUAAAUUUGUGGCAGACCAAAAGAAAAAAUUUGUUGCUGCCCAUACUGACGUAGCAAACAUGUAUGCACUAGGCAAGAGAUAUGAAGAAGCAGAAAAGAUAUUUCAGGAACUGUUUCAGAGAAAUAAUCUACUCUGUCAUGAAAAACAAGAGCUCUACUACCAUUAUGGCAAUUUUCAGCGUUUUCACAUGAAGUCAGAAUCAAAAGCCAUUGAGUAUUAUAUAGAAGGGCUGAAAAUGAAAAGAGAUUCUUUUGGAAGAAAUAAGUGCAGUGAAGCUGUGCAGAGAUUGUUAAGACAAAAAAUUGAGAGAGGUUCAAGAAAUGCAAGAGAUUUUGGAACACUUGGACUCGUUCAUAAGCUAAAUGGUGAGAAACAAAAAGCAAUUGAGUGCUAUGAAAAAGCCAUUGCUUUGGAUCACAAUAAUGAAGAAUAUCAGAAUGCAUUAUUUGAGCUACGACUCUCUAUCUCAAGCUAA